AUGCAGAUCAUAUUUUCCUCUCAGUCUUACCUGUCCUCGAGCUCGGACGCACGUAUGCCAUCCCACUCAGCUUCCUACCUCGCUCUCGCAAGCGUUCUUGCUAACCCCGUUGGCGAAGAGCAAGAAAUCGGUCUCAUCCAGAAAUGCUCCGAGAUCCUCUCUAACUCCCCACACCACCCCAACCGCCACAUCAUCCUCUCCAAUCUCGGUCGUGCUCAUCUCGCUCGCUUCAAGCGUCAAGCCCCUUUCUUGAAGGAGAGCACAGACGACAUUGAUGCGGCCAUCGACGCUUUGGACGAUGCGGCUGCGCUUUGGCCCCCGGAUGAUGGCAUUCCUAUGAAGAUGGCGACAAUGCAUAGUCUCUGUGAGACAUGGCUAUCUCGCGCGCGCAUAUCUAUGGAUCCUGAUGAUAUUUAUGAGGCGCACCGUCUCGCAGUGGCGGCCCGUAAAAUGGCUACCCUCGAUUAUCAUCUUCCCGACACCGCCUUAUUGAGAUACACGGUUGGACGAGCUCUCCUCCAGUGGUUUCUUCUCAUUUGUCUCGUUGACAAGCUCGUGGAUCAUGACAAGAUGGACUGUACAUUCGAAUGGCUGGAGAACGCUCUCUCUAUCUGUUCGCCUUCGGAUACUCUAUACACAGAAAUUCUUGGCGAUCUGGCGCAUGCGAAUCACAACCGAUUUAUGCACUUCGGUGAACAUCUCGAAGAUUUGAACAAGGCGAUUGAGCUUUACACGACGGCCGUUGACCUCGUGCACGAUUCCACGACAGGGAAACAUGCGAUCUCCUUGCGAAUGCUUGCUGGUGCUCUCUUAUCCCGUCAUAAGCAUAUAGAGCCCGACCACCAUGACGACUUGAAUCGUGUUCUCGAGUAUAGUCGGAAAGCCAUUGCGUUUCUACCAGAGGGCCAUUACCUCCGCCCUGCAUUUCUCCGCCUUAUGGCCGAAGUAUAUGAAAUCCGCCAUGACAAGUUCAAUACCGAGCCCUACAGAGUCGACAGAACGGAACCGAACUACGAUCUCCAACUUCCUGACCUGGACAUGUGCAUCAAGUACUCUCGUGAGGCUGCCACGACGUGCCACCCCAGCGAGGGGCACUACCUUAGUCUCCUUGAGAGCAUUCGAGAGUUCCUCUUGGACAGAUACCUUCUCAAGUUCAUGUUAUGCGACAUCGACGAGGUCGUCGAGCUCAAUAGACGCAUUAUGACUUUACACCCUGUCGGCCAUCCCAAACGAAAACUCGCUCUCAUGUUCUUCGGUUACGCGGUGAACAUGCGCUACGAAAGGGAGGGGCUCCGUCGUCCUGAGGAUUUCUACGAGACGCAGAAGAUUUGGGAUGAGGCAUUAAACCUGAAGAGGGACAAUGAUCAUAUGGCGGAAGAUUCGCUUGCGGGACAGAUCUUGGACGCCGCGAUGAAGCAGUUGAGGUAUGAGACGACUUUGGCUGAGGAGAGAGGGGAGGAAGGCCCGAUGUCGGGGAUUCCUGAUAUUGACCCGUGGACGGUUCCGAUGCCAGAGAUCGAUCUUUCAAAACCUUUUGUGCUUGAAUCAUCAGAGGAUUGGGAUAGGAGGCGUAAUUUAGGAGUGUUCUUGCUUUGAUUUUGAUUUCUGUACGUGCAACGCGUUGGUCCAGUGGCGAUAUCCUCACUUUUCGUCUUUCCGUCUGACUUUGGUUCGAAACAUUUUUUUUUCUGUUCCGCUAUGCUUUGACUGUCAUCCU